AUGUGGAAUAUCUCAGGCACAUAUGAGUUCAUUGAUCUGGAGAAUGACUACUUUUUGUUCCGAUUUUCAAAUAAGAAUGAUUACUCUCAUGUUUUGGAGGAUGGUCCUUGGAUCAUAGCUGAUCAUUAUGUGGUAGUUCAACGGUGGCGUCCAUUUUUUAAUCCUUAUGAUGAUGAGAUCAUAAAGCUGGCAGUUUGGAUUCGUAGUAUUUUUGGUCGCACAUUGAAGAUUGAUAGGAACUCUAUCAGGAAACGUGAUUCUGGUGAAGGUGAUAUUACAGAGAGAGCAAAGUUUGCUAGAAUUUGUGUCGAAGUUGAUCUUAGGAAAAGCUUUUUGUCCAAAUUCCGGAUUGCUGAUCGUAUCUUCCAUGUUGGAUAUGAGGGUCUCCACUUAGUUUGUUUUGCUUGUGGAAAGUAUGGGCAUAGAAGGGAUCAGUGUUCCCAUAGUAAUCUUCAACAAGAUACUACGGUUUAUUCUCCUGAAGUUUCUGACUCGGUGGUGCGUAAGCAGCCGGAAAAAGAUUUUGUUCCGGCGAAGGAGGAACCGUUUGGGAAUUGGAUGCUAGUGCAGCCGUUACGUAAUAAGGCAGUUUCCAAUUCUCAUCCUAAUCACAGACAGGUCAUUCAAUCAGGUUCAAGAUUUCAAGCUAUUGCUGAGUUGGCUCAAAAGGAUAAUAAUAUCUUAAUUAUUUCUGAUUCUCCAGUAAUUGAUUCAAUCAGCAUUGAAUCUGGCCUGACACAAAUUAAUCAUGGGGAAUUAAUUGCUCAUAAUGAAGAACCGUUGGUGAAAAAGGAUAUUCAAAUGGAAACAGUUUCUCCAUCUGCUAACCUAUCCGCGGGCAAGUCGAGAAAAGAGGUCCAAAGUCAAGGAGUAAAAUUCAAAGAGAACCAAAAGAAGAAAGCAACUGCAUCAUCUGCUAAAGUUCAUCAGCUGGUCCAGAAUGCUAAUAUUAGCAAAGACAGAUUAAAUGCUUCAAAAGGUUCAGAAUCUCAAAAGAAUAAUUUUAAACUUGAUUCUCAGAAGAAUAUGUCGGAGGAUUUCCAAGAUAGACAAAUUGUCUUGCACCCUUCUUUAUCUAAAUUCCAGAGGAAGACGUCUCAUGUGGUUAAUGAUCAGCAAGAGACUCUUCCUUCUUCUAGUGGCUUGGAUAAUGGAGGUAAACAUGGAAGACCACCAGAUGCUCUUACAGGGGCUGGGAAAAGGAGUUUUCCGCCUCUAAUUCGGGAUCUUUCUCAUAGAUACAUUAUUAAAGUUAUGGCUUUGUUAGAAACCAGAUUGAGUGGUGUUAUGGCGGAUAGAGCUAUUCGGCGUCUUGGUUUUUCUGGUCACUUUCAUCGUGAUGCUGUUGGUUUUUCUGGCGGUAUUUGGGUGCUUUGGAACACUGAUGAAGUUUCAAUGGAUGUUCUUUUUUCUCAUCACCAACUUGUCCAUACUAAAAUUUGUUGGGUAAAAGAAAAUAGAGAGGAGUUCAUGACUUUUAUUUAUGCAAGUCCGCGAAGACAGGAACGUAUUCAGCUGUGGGAAAUUCUGUCUUCACUGUUUGAUCAGUCCAUGAGGAAUGCAGCUUGGGGGAUAACAGGUGAUUUUAACACUUAUUUGUAUGAGUAUGAGAAGCUAGGUGGUAAUGGGCAUAACUGGAAUAGCAUGAGGGAAUUUCGUGAUUGUUUAGAUGAAUGUAGUUUGUCUGACAUUGGCAAUCAAGAUCAUCGACCAAUGUUAUUAUGGGAAGGUCAACCUGCUAUUUAUCCGAGAGGGGAGCGUCCUUUCCGUUUUCUAGCGUCCUGGUUAACAGAGAGCACUUUUCAUGAGGUGGUUAAUGGAUGUUGGUCAAACAAUGUAAACUGGAUGCAUGCUAUGGAGACAUUUCAGAUUAAUGCUUCGGAAUGGCAUAUAAAUGUUUAUAGGAUUGCUCUGAAAAGAAAGAAUGAUUUGCAUGCAAGGAUUAGAGGUAUUGAUAGAUGUCUUAGUUAUCAGUACAGUCAUAACCUUGAGAUGUUGCAAAAGGAUCUAUGGAGGGAACUAGACAAGAUUUAUCUUCAAGAGGAAAUUACUUGGUUUCAAAGAUCGAAAUUGAAUUGGUUUGCUAUUGGAGAUAGGAACUCACGUUUCUUUCAUUUUGUGACGGUUGCCAGACGUAGGAGGAAUCGCAUAGAUACGUUGAAAAACUAG